AAAAUGGUUGACAUAUUCUGACAAAUUAUCAAAAUAAAACAUUGUUUUGUUAAUUAUUUAUUAACAUUAAUUGCUAACUACAUAUUCAACUAUUGUGCUCGAUAAUUUGAUUAAUAGACAUCAAUAUGACAGGCAGUUAUUACUUUGUAAUCGUUGGACACCAUGAUAAUCCGAUAUUUGAGAUGGAGUUUACAGCUCCCAGUAAACAAAAUGAUCCAAAAAAGGAUGAUUUUCGUCAUUUGAAUCAAUUCAUAGCUCAUGCUGCCUUGGACCUUGUUGAUGAACAGAUGUGGUCGACAAACAAUAUGUAUUUAAAAGUUGUGGAUAAAUUCAAUGAAUGGUUUGUGUCAGCAUUUGUUACUGCUGGUAAAAUGAGGUUAUUGAUGUUGCAUGAAGUGAAAAAUGAGGAAGGAAUUAAGAACUUUUUCACUGAAGUUUAUGACACUUAUGUUAAACAUGCCAUGAAUCCUUUCUAUGAAAUCAAUACUCCUAUUAAAUCAACAGCUUUUGAAAGGAAGGUUCAAGUGUUUGGAAGAAAAUAUCUUUCUGUGUGAAUCCUGAGACUGCAAAAUAUGGAGAUGAAUCCAAAGUUAUUCCAUUUAAAAACAUUGGUGGUUUCAUCUAUGUUAAGGAUUAUGAUCACCAAUCAGUGCAAUAUGAACAAUUACAUGUAUAAAGAAAUACCUAAAAGAUAAUUUGUUAUUUUAUGUUUGAUCAUGCUAUAUGUACAUAAUUUUGAUUUGAAAUGUUUUGUAUAUAACGCCUAAUAAAGAAGUAUUAU